ACGUGAGUGUGCAGUUGCUGGAGCUGUACGAGCAGGUUCGCCUCGCCCCCAACCCCACCUACAACGCCUCCACUGCCAUCGCUCCCUCCGCUGCUGCUGCCGCCCGUGGAACCUCCCGUGGGGCCGCGUCCUCCCUCUCCUCGCAACCCCCCCUGCCAUCCGCCACCACCACCAGCAGCAGCGCCCCCGCGCAGGGGAGGGCGUCCGCUGGCGGCUUCAGUGACUCACGCGGCGCUGCUGCUGGCGGCGGGGCUGUGGGCGCGCAGGGGGCGAGGAGGCACAGUGACGGGGAGAGGGAGCGAGACGUGGAGAGAGGCGGGCAGCGGGAGAGUGAUCGCAGGAGGGAGCGGGAGGCAGUGAAGGGCAGGGAUGGGAGGGCGGGUGGUAGCGUGGGAGGUGAGGGUGGCGCGAGUGGGGAUGGCGGGAGGAGGGCGGGUGAGGCAGGCACAGUGGAGGAGAGGGGAGGGCGGCAGAGUGGGGGCGACUCAGAUCACGGCGGAAAGGUUGGGGAGUCACAGAGGCGAGGCGGGGAUGGAGCAGUGAAUGAAAGGGAAGGGGGAGAAGGCAGAAGGGGCAGUGGGGGAAGCAAAGACGGCGUGGAGGAGGAGGAUGGGGAGAUAGGCGAGUGGUCAGGCGGGCAGGUGGAGGAGCAUGGCAGCCCACCUCAAGGGGGGCCGGGCAAGGGGGGCCGGGGCAGUGCGGUGGAUAAGGGCGAAGGGGCGGAGGGGUGGAGGAAGAGGAGGUGGGGUGGGGAGGAGGAGAUGGAGUAUGAGGCGAUGCUGGCUGACGUGGACGUGGGGGCGCGAGGCACGGGGGGCGUGAGGGAGAGGGAGAGAGGCAGGAAUGAGACGCAGCAGCAGUGGAGUGGGGUGAGGGAUGGGAGUGGGGAGAGGCGGCAGCAGGUGAGGGCUCGCGUGGCGUCUGUGGAGGGAGGGGCGGGUCGUGACGGGGCAGGCGGUGCGGGCAGGAGGGAGGAGGGCGAGGAGGGUGAGGAGGGCGAGGAGGGCGAGGCAGGCGAGAUAGGGGAGGCGGGAGAGGUGGGUGUGGAGGAGCGGGGCCGGGGGGAUGCGGAGGAUGGUGGGCGCGCAGAAGGCAGGGGGCGGCGGGGUGGCAUGGAUGUGAACCAGCAUGAAGGGGCGGAGCGCAGUGGCAUGGAUUUGAACCGCGCCGUGGAGGAGCCAGCAGCAGUGCGCAGCAGGGGUGGGGCGAGCAGCCGAGGGCUCUCCGGUGCUGCUGGCGGCAGCAAUGCUGCUGGUAGAGCCGACCAACGGGCGUCAAAUGACGGAGAGGAGCACAGAGGGGUGCCUCGCGGUGCGUUGAGGCGAGUUAGAGAUGCGGACGAGGCUGGCGAUGGCGAUGGUGAUGGCGAUGGGGAGAGUGGGAGUGGGAGACACAGGAGUGGUGGCGAGUGGGGACGGCACAAGAAGGCUCGCAUGGACCCAUGA